AUGAGAUUCGCCAGUACGGCAGCAACCCUCACUGCCUUCGCUGUAUUGGGAAUUGCUAGAACUUGUACGGAAACUGAGGUGGCCAUUUUAGGUGCCGGUGUGGCGGGCGUGACUGCUGCAGAAACACUGCACAACAAUGGUGUCGAAGAUUUUAUCGUACUAGAGUAUCAGGACCGAAUCGGUGGGCGGAUGCACGAGGUUACCUUUGGCAAAGGGCAACAAUAUGUAGUGGAGGCUGGCGCUAACUGGGUACACGGAACUGGUGGACCUGAAACACAUGUGAAUCCCAUCUGGGACUUGGCUCUUAAAGCCAACCUCCGCACACUAACCAGUGAUUUUGAGAAUGCCACGGUAUACGACCAGACGGGACAAAUACCACCCGAGCUCCUGUUCAACGCAUUGGAAGCUGUCAGCGGCGCCGACACCAAGGUCCUCGCCGACGCUGGCAUCCGACUUCACCACCACCUCGAAGACCGCGGAAGAAACUUCCGAGAUCUAUACCGCAGUAACCACGAAUGCGACGGCCAAGUUCUUCUCUCACCGAGAGGAGUUCAGCUUCGAUCAGCGAAUGUAGCAGAUCCACUCUUCGAAGGGAAGAAUGCUUGGCGCCUUCGGAAAAACACCAUCGUCAAGGAGAUUGAGCACGACGAUGACUUCGUGACAGUACAUAGCACGGACGGAAAAUGUGUGCGGGCCAACUGUGAAGUUCACACCCGAGUUACCAAGGUGGAAGAAAGAUGCCAUUGCGAGCUUCGAAAUGGUCACGUACACCAAAAUAUUCAUGCAAUUUCCGCGUUCCUUCUGGCCCAAGAACCACCAUUGGAUGUUCCCGGGGUGCUGGAGGGAUCGAAUAUCCUCGUCGUUACCGUUGUCAACGAUCAGGCGUAUCGGGUUGAGCGGCAAAGCGAGGCCAAGACACAAUUUGAGAUUAUGGAAGUGUUGCGCAAGAUCUUUGGGGAUAAGACCAUCCCGGAACCGAUAGACAUUUACUAUGCGAGGUGGACGCAAGAACCUUGGUCGUACGGCUCGUACUCGAACUGGCCACCCGCGGUAUCUUCCCAGAACCAUCGGAAUCUCCGAGCGAAUGUUGGGCGGGUUUUCUUUGCUGGAGAGGCUACAAGCCCAAAUUUGUCGGGCUUUCUGCAUGGUGCGUACUAUGAAGGGAAGCGUGCGGCGAUGUCCAUUACAUCGUGUCACUACGGCCCGGGAUGGAAUGACUGCAACCUUAAAAAAGAAAGGGAUGGCGCUGCUCCGUUUCUUGAGUUCGCGUAG